CUCCAGAGACAUAUCUGUGGACUGGCUGUCGACAACGUCCCUGACCAAGGAGAAAGGAGCAGACGAUCUGAGCAAGAGGGAAAAGAGACGCAGGCCGUAAAAUGAUGUCUCUUAAGGAGCUGUGUGCCUAUGAAACUCCAUCUGUUGCUGAACUGGAGGAAUUCCUGUUGGCUGACAGGCGCCCCACCGGACAUGUCAACCAAGUGUGGCCCAAUGUAUAUAUUGGCAAUGAAGUUGCUGCCCGUGACAAGCCAAUGCUGCACAGUAUGGGGAUCACCCACAUUGUGAACGCUGCCAGCGGCCCCCCUCACGUAAACACAGGACCUCGCUUCUAUAGAGAUAUGGCUAUAGAUUAUUAUGGGGUGGAGGCUGACGAUUCCACUGACUUUGUCAUAAGUGUUUUCUUCUACCCGACAGCAAGGUUCAUGCGUGCUGCACUGGCCAACAAAGGGAACGUGUUUGUCCACUGCUUGAUGGGAGUCAGUCGCUCUGCGACACUUGUCUUGGCUUUUCUCAUGAUCUGCGAGGAGUUGACAUUAAUGGAGGCAGUGCGAGCGGUUCGGCAGCACAGAGACAUUUGCCCCAAUCCUGGCUUCCUCAACCAGCUCCGCCACCUCGACAUGAGGCUCAUCCGGGAAAGGAAAAGAAAACUGGAAGCUUACAAAUUAGUGGCUGCUGAAGACAAAUCUCCAGGUUCCACAUGCCAGACACAGUAUGAGACGCUAUCUAUAUCUGACCUGCGCUGUCUGCUGCGGACAAACAGCCUGCCCUCCAAACCUCUCUUGAGCUUCUGGCUGAAAAGCGCAGAGUUGAAAAAGAAGAUGAAAUCUAACGCUUCAAAGGAGAGCACAACAAAGAACGCUUACAAACCAAUGCAGUGUGAUCCAGACAGUGAGUAUAUCACACCUGGGGUAUUUGAGCUGGAGAAACUGUUCUGGCGCGGCUCAGGAGCAGCAUACACCCACGUCAAUGAAGUCUGGCCUCGCGUCUACAUUGGAGAUGAGAAAACAGCUUUAGAGCGCCACAACCUGGAAAAGAUGGGGAUAACACACAUCCUCAAUGCAGCUGAGGGAAAAUGGAAUAAUGUUGCCACAGGUCCAGACUACUACCACGGCAUGAACAUCGAUUACUAUGGAGUGGAGGCAGAAGACAUUCCGACUUUCAACCUCUCUCAGUUUUUCUACCCAGCGGCUCAAUUUAUUGACCAUGCACUCAGCAGCCCAGAGAGUAAACUGCUGGUACACUGCGUCAUGGGACGAAGUCGGUCAGCUACUUUGUUUUUGGCUUACUUAAUGAUCUACAAGGACAAGACCGUUAUUGAUGCCAUUGAACAUGUGAAAGAACGGCGCUGCAUUCUACCCAACAGAGGAUUUCUAAAGCAACUGCGAGACCUGGAUGUUCAGCUACAAGAGCAAAGGCACAAAACAAAUAGUGAAAACUCAUAACCCCACCAGAGACUUGGGGCCAUUUAGUGAUGCAUUUAUUUAGAUCUACCGUAUGUCGUUUUUUGGGGGGGAAAUGAUGAAAUAGCCUCUUGUGUAUUGUUAGUUACGAUUUACACUGUUUUAAAUGCAGUACUUCAUGUGGAUUUUUGAAAUUGUUAAGAAUGUUUCCACAAGGUUAGUUAAAAAUACAGCUCUCAGCCAGGAGUUAGCCC